AUGGCCGACAACGACACUACGUUUAACUCUUCCACAAACGGCACGUUCAAUGGCACAUUCAAUGGCACAUCAGAUGGGUCAGGCUUCAAUGCCGCUCCCAAACCAUUCUGGACCAACCUCCUCCUACCCAUAGUCUACCUCACGAUCCUCAUCGGAUCACUUUACACAUUCUCCAGCAUCUAUCGCAAGCGUCAAAUAUCCAAAGCCGCCAAACUCGAAAACUGGUUCCCUCAACACCGUCAACGAGAUAUCUACCUGUCUUUACUGCAUCUUGAGCAAGCGCCGGAAGAUGGGGAGAAGAAGCUGUCACGAGUGCCGGAUAACGUGCUGAAAGCGGCGCUGCUGAGGAGAGCGGUAGAGGAUAUCCAGCGCAUUGUGCAAUUGAGGAACUCGAAGCCGGCGCUGCAGCACUUGCUCCAGAGGGGCAGUGUGGGUGACGAACUGUGGCAGCGCUUCCUGAGAGCCGAGAAGGAACUGGAGGAGGAGGUGAAGGAUGUUGUUAAUGAGGUGAGAUAUAGCAGUGUGCUUGCAGGAAAGAGUAGAAAGUGCUAACCGUUCUCGCAGGCCAACGCUUUCUCUCCCAACUGGGGCCAAGUCAUCUUCCAAUCGGCGAACGAAAUCAACCAGAACCGGCUCAUCAAGGAGCGAGUAGCAGAACUGCAAGAGAAGGUGGAUGCAGAGAAAGCCUGGUGGGAAAGGAGACGCGCUGGCAUCUCUUCCGAAUUCAUGAAGGAGUUGGAGGCGGGAGGCGGAGAUUUGAAGGCCACACAUGCGGCUGCAGAAGCCAACACGACCAAGAAGACCUCAAGCGACGACGAUGCCGUGCUGGUAGAAGCAGGAGGACCGGACAGUGCACAAGGAAGCGGUAAGAAGAAAGGCAAACCAGCAAAGAAAUAG